UCCAUUCACUGAGGUGCCACUGUCACUGUCACUGCACAGAAACAGGGCUGAUGACAUAAGAUUUCCAUGCCGCUAGUAAGUUAGAGCCCCAGAGUGGCUUCAGUGGCUUGUGAGUGCCCAGCCUUCAGGGUUCCGAGGGCAGAUCUUAUCGCAAGCUCAACGCUACAGGGGCUUAAGGACAAGGCUUCGUUUUUGCGACAGAUACACUGUAGCCCUCACUUAAGAGAUACCGAUUCCAACUGAAUCUCACCACCAUAACAUUUCCCCUCCGAAGGACUAUCCCUUUCCAUAAUGUUGGAUACCUUUGAAAUUCUCACCACGUCCGGUGUGGUGUUAUGGUCCAAGACAUAUUCCUCCAUCAGCCCCGCCAUCAUCAAUAGCCUCAUCACCAAUGUCUUUAUUGAAGAGAAAACACUGCCCGGGGUCGGCAUCGCGGAUGAUGUAUCUGCCGCCAAUAACCCUCCUUACAAAUACGAUCAACAUACUGUCAAAUGGACGACUGUCAAGGAAUUGGGAAUAAUCUUUGUUGUAUGUAAUUCCCCAGUUUUGCGACUCUACGAAUCAUAUAAAUCUCCUAUACUGACUUGAUAAAUCGCAGGCUGUGUAUCGCUCUCUCCUCCAUCUCUCAUGGAUUGACAAACUCGUUGACAAUAUCAAAACUCUAUUCGUGGAUUUAUAUGGCGAUCAACUAAAGAAACCGCACACAACCGUCGUGGAAUGCCAUUUCGAUGAUUAUUUCGACCAGCAAGUUCGGAAAUUGGAGAAAACUGCACUCAAUCAGGAUACACGGACAGCCGAAUCCUCAGCAUUUCUCGAGGAAGCACCGCCUUCUAUUUCUGAAAGUAUAGAUGAACCGCCUCCGCUUCCCGGACUCCUCUCGAGAGGACAAUCGAAGAAUAACCAUAGAGACUUGACGUAUGAUUCAACUCCAGGAAUGACACCGGAUACAUCCCGACCAAGUACACCAGCGGGUCAUUUGCUUACAGCCAAGGGAGGACCAGGAGGAAAGGGUUCAAGAAGGGCACGAAAAGCUGCGAAUGCACCAAUUUAUGCGUCAUCGGGUGAUGAGGCAUACUCGAAGAAGGGCAGAGCAGCGAGAUCAGCAGCCCCAAAGAAGGGCCGGAAAUGGGAUACAGAUGGUUUGGCAGAUGAGGAUAGUGAUACACCCCUCGACUACUCUGCGCCUGCGAAUGGCGCAACGUCUGGAGAGGAAGAGGGAAGUAAUCGUCCCGGUGCAGUGGAAGCAGUGGACCAAGCAACUUGGGGGUCAAAGACUGGAAAGGGACAGUUUGUGUUGAAGGAUUUGGAUGAUCAAGUUCAUUCAAUAUUGGCAUCUGCAGAUGUGAAGAAGGAGAACUCGGCGGCAGCAUCUACCGGACUGGUUGGCUCGAGUUUAAGCGCGAUUGAAGGACUUUUCAGAAAUGUGGUGGGAGGCAAGACUUUGACGAAGGCAGAUUUGGAAAAGGCUAUGAAAGGAAUGGAGGAUCAUCUUCUCAACAAGAAUGUUGCACGAGAGGCAGCUGUCCGGUUAUGUGAAGGUGUGGAGAGAGAACUUAUUGGAGUGAAGACUGCCAGUUUUGAGAGUACGCUUCCCAGCUUCCCACUAUGAAAUCAGCUAUUAACAUGACCACAGGCGUUCAAGCAAAAAUCCAAACUGCAAUGGAAUCUUCAUUACGCAAGAUCCUAACACCCACCUCCUCACUAGAUCUUCUACGAGAAAUAGACGCCGUCACCUCACCAUCCACAUUAUCCCUCCAGAAACGAAGACCCUAUGUAAUCUCCAUCGUCGGAGUAAAUGGAGUCGGUAAAUCCACCAACCUCUCCAAAAUCUGCUUCUUCCUCCUCCAAAACAAAUACAAAGUCCUUGUCGUAGCCUGCGACACCUUCCGCUCAGGAGCCGUCGAACAACUCGCCGUCCACGUCCGCAACCUCACCGAACUUACCGCCCGAGAAGGCGGUCUCGUCUCGCUCUACCAAAAAGGCUACGGCAAAGAUGCCGCCAACGUAGCCAAAGACGCCGUCUCCUACGCCGCAUCGGAAGUCUACGACGUGGUUCUCAUCGAUACGGCCGGCCGUCGCCACAACGACCAACGGCUCAUGUCCUCCCUCGAGAAAUUCGCCAAGUUCGCUAGCCCGGAUAAGAUCCUCAUGGUCGGGGAAGCUUUGGUAGGAACGGAUUCCGUGGCCCAAGCGAGGAAUUUCAACGAGGCCUUUGGGAGUGGACGUGGUCUGGAUGGGUUUAUCAUCUCAAAGUGUGAUACGGUGGGGGAUAUGGUGGGGACGCUCGUUAGUAUGGUGCAUGCUACGAAUGUGCCUGUGCUGUUUGUGGGCGUGGGACAGCAUUACAGUGAUUUGAGGAAUUUGAGUGUCAAGUGGGCGGUGGGGAAGCUUUUGAGUAGUAAUUAGAUUAGGUGUGUUGAGGUAAUGAAUAUAAUGGAUUAAGUCUUG